AUAAUUCAAUUUACCAUCUUUCACUCUUUCUCCAUUAAAAUGGCUUCUACUUCUUCUCCAACUUUCACCUCUCCAUCCACUCGAUCCGGCGGCGGCACGAAACCUCACAUUUAUACAUUCUCAAACGCUAACUUCGGUUCUCGAUUCAAUCAAUCCAACAAUCUCAAUCAUCUCCCGCUCUCCAGUUCCAAUUCCCUCUCAAGGACUUUCGAUUCCGCCUCGUGUCGCUGUCGCUGUCGCAACAACAGUAACGACGAAAUUGAUCCAUCAGAUGAUUCGCCAGUGCACGACCGCUGCAAGUCGAUCAUCAGUCAGGUCGUAACGAACGCGAUUCGGAAGCUGGAUAAAUAUUUGAAUUCUCAUAGGAAUCAGUUAAAAGAGGCAAGAGAUGAGGAUUGGGAUUGGGAACGCUGGUCUAAGCAUUUUGAUGAGGUUGAAGAACAGGAGCGGAUCGUAUCAGUUCUUAAGUCACAGAUAACCCAUGCUAUUGCUAGAGAGGAUUACCAAGAUGCUGCUAGACUUAAAGUGUCAGUUGCAGCAGCUGCUACAAAUGAUGUUGUUGGCAUGGUGAUCUCUCAUCUAAAUAAAGCAAUUGUAGAAGAGCGAUAUCAGGAAGCAUCUUUUCUAAGAGAUAAUGCUGGAGCAGGAUUGGUGGGUUGGUGGUCUGGUAUCUCAGAAGAUAACACCGACUCUUAUGGCCAUAUUAUUCGUAUAAGUGCUGAACAUGGAAGAUAUGUGGCAAGAAGCUUUACUCCAAGACAACUGGCAACAGCUAUGGCUGGUCUUCCAAUGUUUGAAAUCUUUCUUACAAUUAACAAGAAAGGUGAAUACAAGCAGCAGGUAGUGUAUCUAAGUCCAUCAGGAAAACCUCAAGAUGUUCCAGUCUCAUCCAGGGGUUCUACUAGGACCUCAAUUCCACUUGAUUCUUAUGAAGACAACAAUAAUCGGUUUGCGAGUCCAGAUGACAAUGGAGAUAGCAAAGAAGAUACUGAUUCGGACAUAACCGAGGGAUUGUCUAGUUUUGAGUCUCUUUUGCGUGAUAUAAUACCAGGUGAGGAAGUCAAGGUUUUGAAAGUAACCAUUUUUGGGAUGUUGGAUCGAGAUGUUUUAUCUAAGGUAGUUGAGCAGUUUAUUGAAGAAGAGGAGGACGUGGAAUCAGAAAUUAUAGAUACCGGAGAUGAAGAUAAAGAUGAAAGUAACCAAGACCAGGGUUAUAUAGAAAUGGAUGCUGGUGAUGCGGUUGUAGAUAAUGAGGAGCAAAAUGAAAUUUCAGUAAAGGUGGUGCUUGGUGAUGCUCUACACAAAGUCCCUAGUAAUGUGCUUACUAAAAAACUGAUCCGAAUACCGGCUAAACUGGAGAGAAAAGGUAGAAUGGCGUUUUCAUUCUCUAUAGAGAAGAAUGAUAAGCGACAGAGAAAUGCAACUGAAAAAUCUCUAAAAGGUAAGCGAUCUAAGCUUCAAGGUCAACGCCGCGUAGACCAGAUAAUGGUUGACCUCACAAAAGUCUUAGGUAGAGGAAAGGCACCAAUGAAGGUACUUAGAGAUGUUGGUAAAUUGAUAAACCGCGCUCUUAAUCAGGUUCAGAAUCAUCAAGUGCUCUCUGGUUCAACUACAUUUAACAGAAUUGAAGUUCCAAUGUCUGCUGAUCCUCUGAAUGGACUAUAUAUUGGUAGUCACGGGAUCUAUGCCUCAGAAAUCAUUCAUCUAAGGCGCAAAUUUGGCCAGUGGCAAGAUGUUGGCUGCUCAUCAGAGCCUGAAGAUCUUCAGUUUUAUGAGUAUGUAGAAGCUGUCAAAUUAACCGGGGAUCAUUUUGUCCCUGUUGGUGAGGUCGCUUUUCGUGCUAAAAUUGGCAAAAGAUAUCAGCUUCCUCACAAGGGGAUAAUUCCCGAAGAAUUUUGUGUGGUUGCCCGAUAUAGAGGACAAGGCAGGCUUUCUGAGCCAGGGUUUAAGAAUCCUCAAUGGGUUGAUGGAGAACUUGUUAUUUUGGAUGGAAAGUACAUUAAAGGGGGACCUGUUGUUGGAUUUGUGUAUUGGGCACCUGAGUAUAACUUCUGGGUGUUCUUCAACCGGCUUAAGUUGCAAGACUAGUACAUGAAAUAGUGCUCACUCUGUCCAUUUUAUUUUUGGCCAUAGAGAUGUGUUUUGCUAGAGAGGUUUUAAGGCAGGUAGAAUACAACUUAGACAAAGAAUGUAUGAAGUGGGAAGGGUUUAAAUAAAAUACUUUGAGGAAGGAUGGUUUCGGCAGAAUAGGUCAAACUCUUUCCUUAGUAGAAUUAAACGAGUAGCUGGAUCUUCAUAUUUUGGGGAAGGUACAUACAUAUUCUCUUGUUUUUCUUCUUCUUCAACAUAUUUGGUAGUAAACUGUUCAAUUUAGUGUGUUUUUUUUUAAGUUGGAAAUGUAAGAAGAAAAUAAGAAUCACCAAGUUUGGUGUUUGUUUAAUAAGAUCUUGUAUGAUAUUUAU